AUGGGGAAUGCAGUGCCUUCUUGUUACAAGCUGAAACCAAAGUCAUGGGUGAGGCUAGUCUUUUGGGAAGGAACAAUUAAGCUUCUCGCCGGCAACCGGGUUGCCGGAGAAGUUUUAUUUGAGUAUCCAGACAGGAUUGUUUGUCAUGCUGGUUCCUUCUACAUAGGUCAGCCAAUACCUUCUCUAGGCAUCCAAGAUAAACUCAUAGAAGGUGAAACCUACUUUGUACUUCCAAUCGAUCGGUUUGCAUCCAAGGUGUUGUCAGCUUCUGCACUUGCCUCAUUUGCUUUAAGUCCUAACAUUGCUGCACCCAUUGACUUUGAUGAGUGUCCAUUCCAACAUAUCAAGGAAGGGAAUGGAAGAUCAUCUGUAAGGGUAUGCCCAGAAUUCAUUUCGAAUAUUCUAUUAGGAGGAGGCAAAGAGGAGUUUUCUAAUAGCCGUGCAAACAGCUUCCUUUGUAGUACACCAGAGUUGCAGAGGCAUUAUGAACGGUUGGUUGGGUCUAAAGGGCAGACAUGGGCCCCUAGGCUAGACACCAUUUCUGAAUUACAGAGGCCUACUAUUAAAUUCUCCCAGGUCAUGAGGCUGUUGAGAUUGGAGAGAAAAUUCUGA